UUUUGGCAUGCCAAAAAUUGAAGUUCUACGACUAGCGCAACAAAAAACAAGCAAACCAAACCAACCGUCCGCCAAAAAACCUCAUUUGUAUUUUUGCCACAGAAAAAAUAAACAAAAUAAAAAUUUAACAAAAAUACAUCGAAAAUGGUUGAAAGGAUAGAAGAUUUAAACCUUCCAACAUCUGUGGUAGCACGUCUAAUCAAAGAAGCUCUUCCCGAUAAUGCUAUUGUUAGCAAGGAAGCUCGUGCUGCCAUAGCUCGUGCAGCAUCCGUAUUCGUUAUAUUCCUCACAUCAUCGUCUACAGCUUUGGCCAAGAAACAAAAUCACAAAACUAUCACUGCCAACAACAUAUUCGAAGCUCUGGAAGAGCUUGAUUUCAAUGAUUUUGUCGACCCUCUAAGGAAGGAUCUGGAAACACAUCGCAAAAUGAUCAAAGACAAAAAAGAUUCCAAAGCAAAGCCGACUAAGGAUGAUUCCCCAGGUGAUGCUGAAGAAAUGGUUGAGGACGAUUAGUAGUUGUCCACAGUUAUGGUAUAAAUCCGAUUUUUUGUAUUAGUAUUGUUGUAAUAAAAAUUAUAAAUGUAAUCAUUAUAAAA